AUGGAGAGCAGUGCUGGCAAUGAAGCUGGCUUGGAGCCGGACGUACGUCAGCACCAGGAUGAAGAGCGACGGACAGACAGACUUGCCAAAGAGCGAGUUCGGCAGAUGUACUUCGGAAGUUGCAUGCUUCGCUUCGGCAAAGUUUGGCGCCAUUGCCGACGAUUGCCGGCGUGGCAGCGCUUCCUGCUGUGGUGCGUCGCUUGGUUGGCCUUCUUGCAGCUUGCCGAUUCUGGGAGGUCUAACGGGCCGUCUAGUUGGGCGAUGAUGGGAGUGACAGGCUCCGUCAAGGCGGGAGCAUCGGAGCCUAGAGGGCCAAGCAUGCUGGUGGAGGCUAAGCCGAGGACGCCGACCGAAACCAACCGGCCUUUCGGGGAAGACAAGGACGGGAUGGUCAGAGGAGCAGGCAGCACGGCAGAGGAGGAGGAAGAAGACGACGACGAUGAAGAUGGAGACGAGGACGAGGAUGGGGACGAGGAUGACGACGACGAUGAUGCGGACGAUGAAGGCGACGGUGACGACGAAGACGAAGACGAAGAAGAGGAUGACGAUUUGGAAGAAAAGCCACCAAAGCAGGAGAGAAUGAUCGAUGAAGGCCGUGGCAAGGCAGAGGAGAACUCUUGGAAAGCCACGAGCUCCGAUGAAACCCUGCAGGCUGGAUCUUGCUCGCAGCCAACGAAUUCCUCAACUGAUGUUUGCUGCCGCGGCGCUGUGGCGCGGAUUCAGACCACAGCCAAGCUGAGGAGUUUAUAUUUGCAGUCUCCACGAAGCCCGACGAACCUCCAGAGCUGGUGGUCUCAAUUGGCGCCUUCCACAGCAAGGUCGGGGCAGCUUUCGUUGCUGCGUUUCCUCACUUCCGUAUCUCAUUCAGAAGCAACAUCAUUGCAUGGGACCUCUGCGCAACUGCGCUACCCUUCCUGGUCCUGGGUUAUGUCUGCUUGCACGGAACUAAGAGUAGAAAUUUUCGGAGAAGCACAUGUGUAUUCGUAG